UUCCCUUCCCCUCUCCUCCCACGCAGCCAGCCUUAACGUUUCUGCUCAGACAGAGCACACGCUCCCCCAGUAUCUAUCCGCCUCAGGUAAGAGAUGGCUCGAAGUUCAACUUUCCCCGAAAUAGUGGAGCUCAACGUGGGCGGUCAGGUGUACGUGACCCGCCUCGAAACUCUCACCGCGGCGCCCAACUCGCUUCUGUGGUCGAAGUUCACCCAGAGCUCCCCGGCCGACCUGCCCACCGACAGCAAGGGCCGCUUCUUCUUCGACAGGGACGGCUUUCUGUUCCGCUACAUCCUGGACUAUUUACGGGACUCGGAGCUUUCUCUGCCGGAGUUUUUUAAGGAGAGGAAGCGGCUGCAGAAGGAGGCGGACUUCUUCCAGCUCCCGGAGCUGUCGAGGCGCCUGGCGGCAGUCAGUAAGGACAGCUCCUCCACGGACGACAGCGGGGAGCAGGAGGAGGCAGAGCUCACCAGCCCGGUCACCACCUCCUCCUCCUGCUCGGACAGAGCUCUGCGCUCCCCUGGGGCCAGCUCCGGCUACAUCACCGUCGGGUACCGGGGCAGCUACACCAUCGGCAGAGACAUCCAGGCCGACGCCAAGUUCCGGAGGGUGGCCCGAAUCACCGUCUGCGGGAAAAUCUCACUGACUAAAGAAGUCUUUGGGGAAACUUUGAACGAGAGCCGCGACCCCGACCGCCCGCCCGACAAAUACACCUCCAGGUAUUACCUGAAGUACAACUUUCUGGAGCAGGCGUUCGACCGGCUGGCGGAGGCUGGCUUCCACAUGGUGGCUUGUAACUCCACUGGGACCUGCUCUUAUGGCAGCAGCGACCCCGGGGAGGACAAACUCUGGACCAGCUACACCGAGUACGUCUUCUCUCGAUGAACUAAAGGGAGAACCAUCCAUCCUCAAGAACACCUCUCAUCAAACAACACUGGGAUAAAAAAAUACUUUAGAAAACAACUCAGACUUAGUUGUGUCUACUGUACCACAAUCCGUGCUGUCGUUGAGGUUUAAUGUUUUUAUUUUUGCCAAACUCCAACUUAAAUCUCAAAUGACUUUUUAGAUAAUGUCACCAAGUUAUUUUUAUACCCCACUGGCCUCAUAACCUUUACAGCUUUCAGGGGGAUGGGUUUCGUCCUUAAGGAGGAGGAAAAUGUUAGAUACAAAAAGAAUGUGCACUGUAAACAUUCAGGCUCUAAAAUGUGUGUUAACAGCAACUCGAUCCUGUAGCUGUGAUGGUAAAACUUUUAUGAUUUACACUUAGCUCAGCAGAUAACACUUUGUUUAUUGUGCAUUUGGAAGUGCUGUGAAUGCUCUUAUUUGAUAUAAAAAAUAAAAGUGUGGUGAUGUAACGCUAGCCAUCCUUUUAGGAUAUGUUUUUAUUUUUUACAGGUUUAAUUGUUUUACUUGAAUAUUUUCAAAUCUAGCUCAGAUUGAGCGAUGAUAGGCAAGGCCACGAUGCUAGAUUUUACUACUUGAUGAGGAUUUGAUCUGAUUUUUGUCAAAGUGAAAAGUCUCUGUUGUCACUUUAAGUUUGAUGUUUACACAUAGCAACUUUCAAAGGUCAUCAAGUCUAGAAAAAAGGAAUCGUCACCUCGUCUUACGUUUUUGUGAUUGCUGUGAAACGUCAUCGGUCCAAGUCCAAACUGCUCGAAUGCAAAUUUAUUUCUGUUUAAAAGCGGUUUUCAGAAUCUUCUAAAUUUUGCACACGAUUUAAACCAAACGCCAACAUUUCCGGUUCAGCACAAGAUAAAUAGUUAAACUUGCAAACUGCAGCCAAAAAACAGAAAUUGGAGGCAGUUUUGCAAGAGCAAAGUGACACACAGGAGGCUCGUUAUCUCCCCUGGGCAAGAUGGGGGGGCUUUUUCUAUGGCUGACAAGUACAGCAAUCGAAUGUCGGUUCCCUUUUGGGAUCCGGGUGCACCAAUCCCAGCUGUCCCAGCAUCAAGUCUAAUACAGAAAGGCUUUGUGUGGGUUGUGUCAGAGCGUUGAAAACCAAGUUGGAAAGGAUAUUUUGCUAAGUGAGUCAUUUGCAGUUAAUAAAUGUCCAAGGGUGUUGGUUAUGUUCCCUGAAUCUCUCUCUCACACACACACACAUACACACACACACACACACACUUCUUCUCUGAGGGAGCUUCAAAGAUUGACAUAUCAAAACAAGAGACUUUGUAUCUGCCAUCAGCUGAUGCUGCCAUCUGGACAGGAAAGGGAAGAAGCAACCACAACUCUUCCCCUAACGUCGUCCCCAGAAACAGGAUACACAAGCAAGCUGUCCUUCACCAAAACGGAUAAAACGAAAGUCAGCAUAAUAAGAAACACAAUCGAACUUUGAACAAAAAUAAAACUUUUAAAAGCCCUAAAAAUCAAGGAUGAUCCUCUUCUGUUUAAAAACAUACUUUCAUAGAAAUGACUUCCUACAUUCUGCCAGAGCAAUGUUACCAUUUUCUGCCAAGCUCCUUUUUGCUAAUAUUGUCUUGCAUGUGAGGAAGAUUUGUGUCGCUGGUGAUAAAAUGCCUCCCAAACACAUUUGUUCCUCUCGCUCUCUCUCACAGCAAGCUCUUAUCAACAAAUGCUGAAAAUGUGCACACACACUUACACACUUCUGAACGCACAAAGCGCAGACGGCAGACAGACGAAGGGAGCCAAAUUACAGAGCUGGCGAUAACGCCGGCCUGCUGGCUCUCUCAGUCGUGCUAAGUCCUUCACGCUUUUCUACAGUCUUCCUCUGCAGCUCACUGUGACCUGCAUGUCUUGUUUGUUUUUUAUUUAUUCUUAUGAAAUCAGCUCUGGAUCCCUUGGUACAAAUAUAUCAAACUCACACUGAGAGUCACACUUGAAUAAAUAAUUCAAGCUUUGUUUCUUUUAGUUUAGAUUAGGUGGGAAAACUGAACACAACACAUUUUCUUUUGUGAAGGUUAAUAAUGAUCUGUUAAUUUUUCACUUAACGUAAAACUGUCUCAUCUCAGCCGAAUCGUUGUCAAUAAAAUGUAUUUAAGUUUGUCUAAUAGGCUUAUAAUAAACCAUCAGCUAAAUCUUA